AUGCAGGCUCCCAAGGAGGAGGAGGACGACGGCAGAGGCAGCAUGGACGGUGGUGCUGGGUCACCCAAUGUCCCAGGGGGCGCCGUGGGCCCUGGAGACCAGGACAGCACCAAAGAGGAAAGCCCUGCCGCCGAGGGAGCCCCCCAGGUUGAAGGGGCCUCACAGGUCGAGGGGACCUCGCAGGUCGAGGGGCCCCCCCUGGUCGAGGCGGCCUCGCAGGUCGAGGCGGCCUCACAGGAGUCGGGGCAGGCUGCAGUGGCCUCUACCUCCCACAGAGGUCCUGGACGCCGACUGUCGGAGUUCGCCCUCACGGUGCCUUUCCUGACCUACGUGGAUGCGGAGGUGGCCCGCAGAUACCUGAUGGCAGGGGCCGAAACCUACCACGGGAGGGUUCACUGGGACCUCAGAGUGGCUGACAGUGACCUGUUCAUCCGCUUAACUGCUGAAGACGCUGACCUCCUGCAAAUUUCUACUGCUUCCUUGCUUCACCGGCUUUCCAUCGUGGUGCAGACCAUGCAGCAUUUUGUGCCCCACUUUCGUCCUAAGAGUCAGUCCCAAAAGGGGAAUUGA